UAUAGUUAGACCAUCAUCGGAUUAUACACAGAGUAAGCUGAAAACAUCAAUGAAAUAGUGUUUGCUUUCUAUGUGGAAUAUGUAUUUUAUUUUCCUUUCUCAAGUUCAAACGUACGAAAACGAUGUAUGACUGUUCGCCUAGGGUACAUAAACGUAUUAUUGUUCUCUGUCGGAAAAUACUAGUUAGUCUUACUCCGUUUCCGCUUCCGGUAACCAAUGGCGGAGAUUUUCUUUCGUAUGAAAUUACCAAAUUGUUUUCCUACAUAGCUUUCUGAUUUCGUAUGAAAAAUGGAAACUCAAGCACCGCCCACUUCAACUAACCAAUCUUCAACCCUAGCAUUCCCAAUCCCUGGAUACGUGUUGGACGACCUGUGCAGUCGAUUCAUCAUCAAUAUCCCUGAGGAGGAGCGUCAGGACUUGAUCCGCAUCUUCUUCCAAGUAGAGCUAGCACAUUGGUUCUAUCUUGACUUCUACUGUGCUGAAAACCCAGAACUGAAGACAUGUGGAAUCAAGGAAUUCUCUUCCCACAUUUUCCGCCACUGUCCAUUUUUGUCCAUCCAUGCAGAGCAUGUGGACAAGCGGCUCGAAGAAUGGAGAGCCUACAAAAUGAGCGUCCCAACCUAUGGAGCUAUCAUCCUUGAUCCUGACAAAAAAUAUUGUCUCCUGGUGCAGGGGUUUUGGACCAAGUCAAGCUGGGGGUUCCCUAAGGGCAAGGUCAACGCAGAGGAGAGUGCCCUCAACUGUGCUGUCAGAGAGGUGAUGGAGGAGACAGGAUUGGACAUAUCAGCACUUAUCCGAAAAACAGACUACUUGGAGAACCAGAUGAACGAUCAGCUGACCCGUCUGUACAUCGUCCCAGGGGUGCCACUCAAUACACAUUUUCAGCCCAAGACACGCAAGGAGAUAAAGAGCCUGCAGUGGUUUCCCAUUGACUCCCUCCCGUGUCACAAGAAGGACAUCGGGUGCAAGACGAAGCUGGGGAUGAACCCAAAUAAUUUCUUCAUGGUUAUCCCCUUUGUGAAACAGCUACGCAAAUGGUUAGGCUUCAAUUCAGAGUCUCAAACUCAGUCUCAGUCGGAUGGAGAGUUCAAGAAUACAACCAACCAGCAAAAGGCAUCCAAGAAUCGUGAAGCCAGUGAGGGGAGACAGUCUGGGACGCGGCAGAAGCAGCGGCAGACGUUGGUAUUUGGUCAGCAGCUUCAGAGUGACUACCAGGAGUACAUCCAGCUGAAGGAGUCUGCCAAGCAGGCUGUGAAGGAAAAUAAGCAUCGAGCAGAGUCCCCGGGGAAAGGGCGUGGCAAUGUUGUCAAGGCGACAGGAAGCCAGCAGCGUCAGCAGGUGAUGCAGUCUCCACACCAACAGAACAAACAGCAGUACCAGAUUCUGGCUCGUGAUGGUGCUGUGACGGGGCAGACAAGGAGGAAUCUUGCCACUCAGUUUGACAAACAACAAGGACGUUCCACUCAGUCGGAGAAACUACAGAAGAAGCGUGACCUCGGAAAAGGAGAACUUUACUCAAAAACAUGGCUCAACUUUCGUUUUGAUGUGGAUGCUAUAAUGGCCUGUCUUUCAUAGUUGAACAGUUCCAGGGAAACAGCUGUUUCCGUGAUGACACUUUUGCUCAUUGUUAAUCAGGAAACCUACAGAACAAAAACAGUCUGGUACCUGAUGUGAUUCUGGAGUGAAUAAAUUGCUCUGAUGCUCCCAAGGGCAUGGGUGCCCAGUGGCCUAAGGUACCAGAUUUUAAUGUGCAGAAUCGUACCCCUUACAUGUGCCAGGAUCUGCUGACCAUGGGUUGGAAUUCCAGAUUUUCCCAGGUUAUGGUCCUUGGGUUGUCAGCACCAUGAACCUGUUUGGGCGUUUCACCAGAGUGGUAAACAUCGAAGACCAGUGUCACCUUGGGCUAUCUUCCCACAUUAAGCUAUGAUGGAGGUAAAAUACUGUUCACAGCAGCAUUUAACCCAACCUGCUCACUGAUUCUCCAUGUUGCAUUAGCAUGAAGAAGGAAACUUUAAGACCUACACCAGCUAGUAUUCCGAAACUAUAAAUAACUUGUUGAGUUGUCCCUUACCAUGUAUUGUUCAGUGGAAAGAGGUGAGGUUUUUGUUGAAAAAAAUAUUAGAUAUGGUUGGUGAAAAUCACAACUCAAUAUUGAGGUAAGGUCACACUAGAGGUUAAGUUAAAUCUUUCUGUGAGAUUGAAAAAGCUUUCUACAAAAAUAUUGAAUGCUGCUUUGGGUGUUUGUUUUUUUAUGAUGAAAAAGAUAAACAAUGAUGAAAGUACUGUUUAGAGUACAUUAGGUAGGUCAAUAUAAGAAAGUAAGAUAUUUUUUGUUUUCUAAUAAUGUUAUACCCUCAGAAAUGUUUUAAUAAGUUUGUUUACAAAAAGUUGUUUCUCGGAUUAUUUUUAGAUUUUCUUUUUGUUUUGUUCACUGACCAUACCACUAUUAAAGGAAGAAUUUGAAAACCAAGUAAAUUAAAAAUCAAUUGGCUGAAAUCGGUUCCUUUAUGACCUAUCAGCAUGUUGAUGUGUGUGACAUUGAGCGGGAGGGGAGACAGGAUUGGUUACUGGCCUCUGUCCACUCAAACGCUGGAAGCACUUUUGAAAGCUGAAUCACAAUUGACAUUUAUUAUUCCUACUCAUGGACUUGAUGUACCUUGUCAGUAGGAGGGCCGUGAAUAGCCGUAAUAUUGCUGAUGCGGUGUAAAGCAGUAUUUAUUCAUUCAUUCUUUUAGCGGAUCAAAAGAUUCAGUUCCUGAGUUGCCAUGGUUACUGCCCAUAGCUCUAUUUAACAUUCCCACCAAUAUCCGUGUAAAAAGCAUUAUUUCAGGGUACUACUGUAGUUGUUAGGGUAUUUUAGUGAUAAGAAAAAGUCUGUGAACAGGAUUUAUUGGAUAUUUUUUAAAAAUACAUGAUUUCUUAUUUUGCUGAGAAUGUACAUUUCUCCAGAAAACUCAAUGCUAUCAUCAGUCAUCGAGCUGUUUGGGCAGCCAGUGUGAGUUUCUUACGAUUGUCUUAGACCAUAAUCACAACAGAAAAUGACACAUUUACUUAUAUCAUAUUCAUAUUCCUUCUGGCAUGAAUUGACUUUUGUUGAGUGGCGGAAAAUGUACCCUGUAUAUUACUUUCAUGAAAAGCCUCCAUAAAGGACUUACAUUUCAUAUUCAUUUUUGCAUUUUCAGAAUUCAACUGAUAAGUUUCAUUGUAACCCUUUUUAUGAGUUGUACAAACACGUGGUGUCCAUUUCAGAAAACAAUUUUUAAUUUAACCCUUUAUUUGUGCCUCCUGGAUUAUUGCUGCAACAAUGUGUUGGUACUUGCGUAUCAUGAAGUACAUGAGGCAGGAGCACAUUGAAGGAGUAAGUUUAAUGUUGAUUGAGUUAGGGUGUACUUCAUUGCAGUCACAAUCUCAUUAAAUCAUAUCUUUGUUCUCGCUACCGCCAGUGAGAACUAAAAUCGUAUUUUAAUGAGAUUCUCUCAGGCACUAUUUAAUGCAAGUAAUUGUUUUGUACGUUUGAUAGAUUUGUAAAUGUUUGCUGUUGUAUAAACUUUUUUUAACAA